AUGUUAAAGUAUAGAAUUUGUAAAAAAGACUUUGAUGUUAUCAUUAAUCACGAUUCUGUUAAUGGAGGCACUUACGGUCCUAACUUCAUGCUACUCCAAACUGAUAAAUCUAAUGUUUCCAUUUCAUUACAAGGAUGUACCAAAGAUUGUUUUAUGGCAGUCGAAAUAAAUUUUGACCAAAAUAAAUUAUACAAUAGUCUAGGUGACAACAAUUAUGCCUGCUUUUCUUCUAGUUAUACUGCUAAUAUUAACGUGGACAUGCAAAUUCUGUAUACUGGAGUCGGCACAAACAGCAAGCAUCCUGCCCCUCCCUCACUAACUUACGAAUAUUGCUUGAAAGGAAUAAAUAUAGAUACCGGUGCUCCACUGAAUCCUAAACCGGAUCCUGGCAUUGCAUCAUGCAUCAGUCAUCUGUUGGGGCAAACUGCGCCGGCCUUUUAUCCUGGCCCUUUUGGAAACUAUUUGAAUAUCGAAGCAAAACGAUAUCUCGAAUAUCCGGUUAAUAAUUCAAGUCCUAGUAUAGCAAGACUGGUUUUCGCGUCUAAGAAUUAUUUAACGUAUUUAUCAAUUUUCUACGAUGGAAUUAAAUAUUCCUUCAAUCAAUUAAAUCAUAUAUUACCUAAUAUGGUAGAUGAUUUAACUCCUCAUGCCAAAACUGGUCCCAAUAUGGCUCUCAUUAAUAUUUUAUUGAUCUUUUCAACUAUUAUUGGUGCCAUUAACUUUGCACCAUUUAUUUUACCUCUCGGCACUAUAGCUGGAGCAGAAUUUGGUUUUUUUAUGCAAAGAAUUAUUUCAGGUGUUAUCAGUAUUGGGGCAACAAAUCUCGGAUCCAAAGGGAAUCCGGAGGGUCCUGUUAGGAAUUUAGGAGAGCUUCAGAAUCAAGCAGAAAGUAACAUGUUAAAUUCUUUACAAUCCGUGGUAGAUGAUACUUUUAAUCAUGGAUUCAAUUAUACAAUAAUUGACAAAUACAUUGACUUUAACGACUCUCAAUAUAGUGAUGUAAAUGUCGGUAACGCACUUUUACCAGGCCUAAAAGCAGCGUUUGCAAGUCAUAUUCUUAACUUUUAUGGUGUUGUGGUAUGUAAACCUGAUAACAUUCAAUCAAUUUGUGAACACGGAGACAACAGCUUAUGCUGUGAUUGGGAGGCAGUCGGCCGAUCUGGGCCAAGUACAUGCCUUGAACGAUUUAAAUGUAAUAAUCCGGUUGGUUCCCCUGUCAAUUGCAUAAUUCAAGGGGGAUACAAAAAAUGGUGGAGGUGGUGUUAA